GUUUUCUUAAGACACACCCCCUUUUAUUGGUGAAAGCACAAACAUGGAGACGGCUGGAAAAGUGAUCAAGUGCAAGGCUGCAGUGGCCUGGGAAGCUGGAAAGCCUCUAUCACUAGAGGAGGUGGAGGUGGCACCACCCAAAGCCCAUGAAGUGAGAGUCAAGAUCCACGCGACGGCCGUGUGUCACACCGACGCCUACACUCUGAGCGGCAGCGACCCCGAGGGUCUGUUUCCCGUCAUCCUGGGCCACGAGGGCGCGGGAACCGUGGAGAGCGUCGGGGACGGAGUGACCAAGUUCAAACCAGGAGACACUGUGAUUCCUUUGUACAUCCCACAGUGUGGAGAAUGCAAGUUCUGCAAAAACCCCAAGACCAACUUGUGCCAGAAAAUCAGGGUGACCCAGGGACAGGGUCUGAUGCCGGAUAAGACGUCUAGGUUCACCUGUAAAGGUAAACCAGUCUUCCAUUUCAUGGGCACCAGCACGUUCAGCGAGUACACGGUGGUGGCCGAUAUCUCACUGGCCAAAGUGGACGAAGGCGCUCCGUUGGAUAAAGUGUGUCUGCUCGGCUGUGGAAUCUCGACAGGAUACGGAGCUGCGCUGAACACGGCCAAGGUAGAGCCCGGGUCUGUGUGUGCAGUGUUCGGUCUAGGAGCUGUCGGACUUGCCGCCGUCAUGGGCUGUAAAGCCGCCGGAGCCUCCAGGAUCAUUGGCGUGGACAUCAACUCUGAGAAAUUUGAAAUGUCCAAGAAAUUUGGCGUCACUGAGUUUGUUAACCCGAAGGACCACAGCAAACCCAUCCAGGAAGUGCUGAUGGAGAUGACGGACGGAGGAGUGGACUACAGCUUUGAGUGCAUCGGCAACGUCUCCAUUAUGCGUGCCGCUCUGGAGGCAUGUCAUAAGGGCUGGGGGACGAGUGUGAUCAUCGGUGUGGCUGCAGCCGGUCAGGAGAUCUCCACUCGUCCGUUCCAGCUCAUCGUAGGACGCACGUGGAAGGGCACCGCGUUCGGAGGCUGGAAGAGCGUCGAGAGCGUCCCCAAACUGGUGGAUGAUUACAUGAACAAGAAGCUGAUGGUUGAUGAGUUUGUGACUCACAUGCUGCCUUUCGCUCAGAUUAACGAAGCCUUCGACCUCAUGCACGACGGAAAGAGCAUCCGAGCCGUCCUGACUUUCUGAAGAGCAGUUCAUUAAUUCAUGUCUGACUAAUUACUAAGCACUUAAAGUUCUGAUCCUGAUCCAGUGUUUGUUUGUUACACAUGAAAAUGGAUGAUAAAAUGCGAACGUUUGUCUGAUUUAUUUAAUAAAAUUCACACCUGAAACUCA